GGAAGUCGUAUUUGGUUGUCAAGCAAACUUUUGCUUCUAAUUUAAGUGUUCUCAGUCUGUAAAAUGUAUGUGUAUGUUUAGUCUGCAGUUUCCUGCAACAGGUUCCCGUGAGAGAUGAGUUGCUGUCAGGUUCCUGUGCCUAAGGAAGUCCGGCCUGGCACAGCUCGGGUACUUGUUACUGAGCUGAGUGGAUCAGGCCCCAUCAACCCAACUCCUGCAACAAAACCAUGUGAGGAUGCAGAAGCAGUAGAUGUUUCCCUUUCUCCAGAGAAGCUGAAAUUGCUGUGUGGAUCUCAGGACCUCUCUCACCUUACCUCACUGGAGAUCUGCGUGGACACACAAGAAAACACACUGGGUAACUUUGGUGCUUACUUGCCCAAGCUGGUGCAGCUCAAAAUGAACAACAGCACAAUUGUGUCAGUAAGAGACCUGGGAACCACCCUAUCCCAUCUGCAGGUGCUGUGGAUGUCUCGCUGCUCCCUACAAGACCUAGAUGGCCUUUCUACUUUGUCCUCUCUAAAGGAGUUGUACCUUGCCUAUAACAACGUGUCGGACCUGAGUCAGGCGGGCAUGCUGGAGAACCUGCAGCUGUUGGAUCUGGAAGGGAAUGAUGUGGAUGACCUGGUCCAGAUUCAGUACCUGGGGUUGUGUGGCAAUCUCCAGACACUCACCCUGGAGGGAAACCCUGUGUGUGUGCACCCAAACCUCGCUUCCAAACAGAUGGCAGACUAUAGUUAUCGGGCUGCAGUGAGGGAGUUGAUCCCUCAGCUGCGUUACCUAGACGAUGCAAGGGUAGAGGAGGACGGGCUGAGCUGCAGCAGCACCAUGGGAGAGGACUGGGCCAUUCUCCGAAACUCCAUCAGAGACUGCAACCCCUCUCGGGCUGCUGCUGAUGACGAGGAAACAGCAGACAAUGCAUGUCCUUACAGCAGACCCGGCUCAGCCAAGCGCCCUGCCUCCAGUCUCUCCUGCGUCUGGCCCCUCUCUUCAGCAGACUCUAGGCCCCAAACUGGCUCCAGACCCAUGUCAGCUUCAAGGCUUGGAGUUCUCUCCCCUCCAGGGUCCCGCCCUGGUUCUGCAGACUCAAACCUAGCCACAGAAGCAGAAACCAGCAUCCUGACACAUGGAGCUGGCAAGAUUCUGUUCUGCGGAAACCCAGUCCAGGCCAUUCGGUCGAGGCGAGAAAAGUUGAAGACGGCACCCAGCAGGUCUACUUUCUCGCCCCGUGACCUCCCCAUCCAUGUACCAGAACACUCUUACGACCUUGAGGAGCAAGAUGUUAGAGAACGCGUCGAUGUGUUUGCUGAGCUUAGAUCUUGGAGGGAGCUGAACAGCAGGCGUCUCCAGGCCAGAGAUACAGAAAGAUUGCCACAGGUCCUGGCUAUUCUGCAUAGUGAUGAAGAGGAAGGGUACAAUGAUGAUGAGGAAGAAGGCUUUGGCUGUGCAACGAAUGACAGUAGUGAGGAAGAAGAUGGAGCAGGGAAGCAUAGUGACAGCAGAGAUACUGCCUCACCAGAUUCCUCAUUCCGGUCUCUUUCUCCAGACCUGCAUCAUGGAGAAGCUUUAUCCGCUGAGGUUGCUCGACUGUCUCUGUCCCCAGACACCACGCUGUACCCUUCCCCCCCUCUCAGUGCCACACUAAGCACUGGUAUGCAGAAAAAGCCAACAGGGGUCCGCGCACGAAGGCUGCGACUCAGCCAUACCACUUCGGAAAAUUUACCUGAUUUGAGCAGAUUAGGGCGCUUCUCUGGGUCAGAUGCAGCCACAGGAGACACAGACCUGGCAUUUCAGAGGGUCCAGCAGCUGAUGCUCCUGCCUGCACACAAACCCGGCCCACCUCUAGCAAGUGCCCUGGGUAAAGGGCUCUCGGAUUCAUGUGGACAGAUGGACAUAUCCAAUAUACAUUCUGGCAGGAAGCUUUUUCAAACUCCUCAGAUGUCCAAACCGUUGGACAGACCAGCGAUAACUCGCCCUCACACAGCGAGGGCAGCUCUGCAGAAACAUCAGCAGCACCACAUACACCCGCCCUGCAGGGGGAGCUCACACCCAGACUGACACCAAAGUGGGCAGAUGUUUGGAGCCUGGCCAGUGAUCGUUGAUCAGUGAUCAGAGUGGUCGAAUAGAGGGAGGCUAUUAAGGGUCAUUCCCCUUAUUUCCUCACUAACAUGCUCUGAAUUAACUCAGGAUCUAUAAGACAUUAAAAGCAUUCCCAAGAAAUGUUGGUAGUGGACAACACACCUCACCAUCACAUUCCUUUAACAUAAGUAAUUGAGCAAUACAAACACUGUUACUGGAGCACUGAGAUUAUCCAUCUAGUCCUCCAGCAUCCUCUGAGAUGCUGGUUCCUUUAUAAAGGCUAAAUGAGCGUGAUGAAAAAUAAAGGGGAUGUUAGUAAUCCUGUACAUUUGCAAUUCUCAGGUUGAAUCAACUUACAUAGAACUCAAAUGCCAUCUUUUGUUUAACCCAAUUUAUUUGUGUCUCUAUAUUAUUUUAAUUUUCUGAACCGUAAGGUUAAUACAUUGUAAAGGAUAACUUUAUCCAAAAUGUCCUGCAGUGACAUUGAGUGUCUUGACAUUCAUGGUGUAACAGUGUAAUCUCGCCACUUGAGGGCACUAUCUAUAAUCAUUUAUGUAAAUCAAAAACUCAUUCCAUUGUCUCAACCUCCUUGGUCAAACAAAUUCUUCAAAUCCACAACCUUGAAACUCAAAAUUAUUUCAUUUUGUUGACUUGUUCAUAUCUAAGGAGGCAUCCAUAGAUUUUGAAUAAGCAUUUGCAACCCUGCACACUUACAACACAAUACAAUACAAGAGAUGAUGUAUUGACUGAUACACAACAAGAAUGAUGUAGUGUAGCAAAUACAGUCCACUAAGAGUCAUUCUGUGUAACUGUGACAUAUCCUGUUGUUUUCCUAAUGCUAUGGGAAAUUACCGAUCCUCUGCACCAUGAAGGACACUCUCUGACUGAAUUUGUCCUGAGACAUACAGUACAGUGCUUGGGCGAUUGAGGACUAGAGAGGCAGCCAUAUCUAUAAUUGUAUUAGUUCUUCAGGCACUGCAAGGUGUAAGGCAAUAUAUAUACUGCAUAUACAUACAGACAUACACAUAUAUACAGGCACAAAAAUGUAGGGUGUGUGCAUAUCCACUCAGCCAUGACAGGCCCUAGCAUGUCUUUCCAUCACUUUGCUGUAACACCUUCGAUAAGCCCGCAGGAAUGCCUUAAUUUGCAGCAUCGCUUUGCCCCUCUAAGGUGUUGUCACUCACGCUCUCAUUUUACUGGUGCUGUCACGUUUCAAGACACAGAUGGAGGAGAGUGGUAGGAAAAGAAUGGGCUUUUAUGGUGGGAAAGUGUCCACCUACUCUUUCUAAAUUGUCUUGUAAUUUUACUGAAAGGGAUGAUUCUCACAGCUGGUUGGGACCUCAUCUGGCCUGUGAGAAGCUUUCUUCCUCUCCCCAGUUAUUACCAGAUGAUAAGACAAACCAAAAGUGCUUUUUUCCCCCUCUAAAUGGCUUGUUGAUGGUAAAUGCUAUUAGAAGUUUAAGAAAUCUGAUUGUAAAGAAAAACUAGUUCCUUGCAUGAUCUCACAUGUAAUGAAACAUUCUCAGUAUUCUUUUCGCCCAAAAUUUUAUUAAAAAGACAACUGUAGAACCACAGUGCCACUACUCCUAAAGUUUGCGUUGUGCAACUGUUUCUCCAGAGAUGAUUGUUUUUUUUAAAAAAAGGAAAGCUUUAUUAAAGCAAAAAUGAUGGAUAGUAAAGCAGCAAAAUACUGGAAGUCCCUCCCUGUCAUAAAUACACAUGUAUAUUUCUGUCAGACUGAAGUGGAAUAAACUGUGUCAACACAUGCUGUGAAUAAGAUGUGGUUUAUGUGAUUCAAUUAAAAAUGUAAUUAUGAGUAGGUUGUAGUGGCAUUUCCCAAAAGAUCAACGCCAUCAUUUGACAGGAUAUUGAUAUAAUAAUCAUCUUAGAUGAAAUACUGCUCCUUUUUGUUCCAACUGUAUAUAAUAAGAUAGGUGUGAAUCAAUUAUUACAGAAAAUUACAGGGAAAAGACAGAACAGAAACACACUUAAACACUUCACUUUGUGACUGAAAGGGUACAGACAUUUCACUUUACAAUCCUUUACAGCUUCCUCCUUGUUUUGAUUUCUGAAAAGUAAUUUUCUUUGCAUGUGUUGUUACUGGAAAUACCUAUAGUAUGAGUUCAGACAGGCUGCAACAAGGAACAUUCCAAUCCAUGCAAGAUUUUAGGCUCCAUAACUAUUUUUUUCUCCAUAACUAUUUUUUUCCAUUGACCAUUCCCAACCAUAUGCAGACAUUGCAUUCCAUAAUGGUAAAAAAAAAUAAUGCAUAAAGUUAAUUACAUUUACUCUAUCACAAUUAUACCAUAAUUAUAUUGUUUCCAUCAAUUUUCCAGUAUCUUGCUUUUAGGAAGAAGAUGACUCUUUAAAUAAAAUGUUUAAC